AUGACAAUAUUUAAGUCAAGUUUUAAUUUUGUUCUAUUUAUUCUAUAUUCCAAUCACCAUAAAUUCAAUUAUCUUGCCAUCCACACCAUGUCAACUAUUACAAAACUACGUAGUGCUUCUACCACCAAAAUACAUAAUUUGUUGGGGGAACAACAGGAAAAUGCUAGUGUCAACAAAAUAUUAGAGACACAAAAACCGUCUAUAAUACAACCAAAUUUGAAAUCAUACCUAAAGGCUUUUAGACCAUGGUCACUAAAGGCUGCCACUUCAUCUGCAAUUUUAGGAGCUGCCAUCGCUUAUCAUCAUUCUGGGAAAUUCAAUUUAACAUCUCUUGUCUUUACAACCCUUCUAUCAGUAUCAUUACAAAUCCUGUGUAAUCUAUUCAAUAGUUACAAUGACUUUGUAAACGAGGUAGACAAAGAUGAACAUUCUCACGACAGGACCAUGUUUGACUAUGGCCUAACCGUUCAACAUAUUGUCGGUCUCAAUGGUAUUUCCAUUGUAGUUUCAAUGCUAUCAUUGAUUGUUAUAAUGUUUUCUGUAGGUGAUCCAAUCCUAAUCAAAGAAUUAAUUAUACCAUAUAGUAUUGUUGCCUUUUUACUUGCCACCUAUUAUACAUCGAAUCCUUUGAAAUUAAAGUAUAGUGCACUUGGAGACGCCACCAUUUUCGUUUCAUAUGGUCCUGUUUUAUGUGUCCUUUCAUUUAUAAUUCAAGCAAGAUAUUUUGAUUGGGAUGCCAUCUACUACUCACUUCCAUCGACCCUUGUUUUUACAGCCGUUGUACAUAUUAAUAAUAGUCGUGAUUCAAUCACUGAUGCACAAGCUGGUGUAAGAACCAUCGCCAAUUUUAUUGGACCUCAAAAUAGUUUCUAUCUACUCUUAAUUUAUUAUUCAGUGGCGUGUUUGGUAUUAUCAUUGAUUGCAAUUGAAAAGAAUUCAUUAAUGAUGAUUUUGCCUUUGAUCACACUUCCAAAAGCCUAUGACAUUUGCAAGAAAUUAUUUGAUAAGAGAUGGAAAUCUUUGGAUUCAGAAGGUGCAAGUUUUGGAUUUAUGUUUGCUCUUGUACAAUCCUUUGUAUUCUUUUUAAAUCAAUAA